GCAGGCCCUUGGGGCGGGGCGAAGGGGGUAGCCGGAUUGUGUCGCCCGUCGCCAUUGGCCGGACCCGCGGGUCUCCCCGCCAAGCGCGGUGGGGAUUGGCGGCGGGGCGGCGGCCCUCAGCGGGGGCAGUAUGGCGGCUGGCGAGACGUGGAGGCCGCCGCGGUCGUGCGAGGACUAUUGGUGGGAGUGGAAGCACUGCCGCGGGCUGCGGCACGCCUUCCACCACUACUACGCGCACGGGGAGCUGCCGACCUGCGACCGCUGGCGGGAGGACUACGAGGCCUGCCGCGCCUGGGAGAAGGGCCGCACCGCCGCCGCGCAGGAAGCUUUGUGCAAGAGCGAAAGAGCUCGAGUCAUGGAAAAUCAGAAGUAUGCUCCAGUGUGGACACUCAGGAAGAGCCCACCAUCUGACUGGUAUCUUCCACUUGACCAAGACAAACCAAAUUAGCAAGCCUGCUUUGCUGCGUUUGGUCAGUAAUGCAAUACACAAUGCAGAACUAUGCUGGGCUGCUUCGUUUUCUUCCACAUCGUGUUGAAACUAGGUAACUGUAGCUCUGCCCCAGCAAUGCUUCAGUGCUCAUUCAAAAAGUGAGAGGUCACUUAAACGCCCAGUACUAUUUAAAGGGAGAACUGAGGUGCUUAAUUCGAUUCUGGUCUCUUAGUACUGUGUCAUGCUUUAGGAUUUCAUCUGAGCAACUUGGCAGGCAACUCCCACAUUAGUGCAUACAUGAUCUAGCUCCUCUUGCUAGGCCAGGACCUCUUCCCCUAGCAGCCAAGUGUUACGCACUUGUGGAACGAGGUACCCACCCCAGCCGCGCCAGGUGGGCAGACAAAAACAAGCAGGGACUCCUCCCUGCCAGUUUAGGACAAAUACACCCACUGGCAUGUGAAAGGCAUGUCCUGGAUUUGUGACUGUUAUGGACUGAGAGCUUCUCACCUGGUGGGAUGAAACUGCAACCCUGCCCCUUUAUGGCAUUGCUCUUUAAUGGGUGUGUGUUGAUGGCAGUACUCGAGCUUACUACAAAAACUAAGGUUUAAAUGAAUGGAGAGACAUCUGUUUUGGCUCAGGGCAAACCCUUAGAAACUUAAAGCAGUUAUAUGCCAAUAUUAAA